CUUAUUAUUUCCCUAAUCUGAAGUUUUAAACUCUGAAGGGAGUUGGCGCAUGCUCGUUUUUUCCAACCGUCAAAGCCCUAAACCCUAAAAAAACUCGCAGCAGAUCAAUGGCUUGCAAUGGCACAGGAUGUCAAUCAGGCUGCUACAAAGACACCACCGGUGAUCAACACGACAAUCACAACAAUUCAGCCGCAGAUGCGAACGCCGAUGACAAUAACCGCCGCCACCGGACGACGUGUCUCAAGUGCAAAGCAACCGAAGCCACAGUCUUCACCGGCGGCGACGGUGGUGGCAGAUUCUGUGCUGAUUGCUUCCGGAGUAACCUGUACGGAAAGUUUAAACUUGCUGUCACUUCAAAUGCAAUGAUUUCGCCCACUGAUAAAGUCCUUGUUGCCUUCUCCGGUGGUCCUUCAUCCAGGGUGGCUCUUCAGUUUGUCUCUGAGAUGCAACUCAAAGCCCAGAAAAAUUACGAUGCAACCGCAAAUAGAGAUAGAUCGUUACCAGUUUUUGCUGUUGGAGUUGCUUUCAUCGACGAGAGUGAAAUUCAUCCAGUCGCUUCUGCUGCUUUUGACAAAGCAGUUGAAGACAUUAAAGAGAUCGUGUCUAAUUUGCCUCUACCAACAAAAGAAUUGCACGUGGCUCCUAUCAGCCAUGUCUAUUCAACAAAAACCAGUGAUGGAAAACAGAUGUUAAGGAAUUUAACGAACUCAGUUAGUGAUGCCACCGGAAAAGAAGAUCUUUUGACACAUCUGCGUAUGUUGUCCUUGCAAAAGGUUGCUAUUAAAAAUGGUUACACGAAACUUGUGUUAGGCUCAUGCACAUCAAGAAUAGCUUGCCAUGUACUUUCUGCAACCGUUAAGGGACAAGGGUACUCAUUAGCAGCAGAUAUACAAUAUGCUGAUGCAAGGUGGGAAGUCCCGGUAGUACUUCCCCUACGUGAUUGUCCGUUGCAAGAACUCAAUAUACUUUGCAAUCUUGAUAGCAGUUUAAAGAUUGUGGAUAUUUUCAAUGAAACUGGUGCUGGCAUUAAUGGUCUGGUCUCAUCAUUUGUGAAAAUCUUGCAGGAAGAAAAUCCUUCUCGAGAGUGUACAAUUGUAAGGACUGCAGGGAAGCUUACCCCGUUUCCGUUUAAUAGGAUUCCAGAAGCAAAUGUAGAUGAUGCUGAUCUGGUAUCUCAACGGCGUCAAAAGAAGUUUAAUCUAAAGCCUAUUGAAUCUCUUCCACCCGAGUCAUUUUGUCCAAUUUGCAACAGCCCGAUGAGCUGUUAUGGUAAUGCAGAAUCAAGGCCCGAACUGUUUCGGGCUGCGUGCUGUCCUAGUUGCCAAUACCAGAUACUUCCAGAUGAAGCGUCAUCUAUGGACCAGUUUUAUUCGUUUUUACCGGAAUCUAUCAUUGCAAGAGCAAAAAAUGGGAACCAGAAGUGGAUAAGGGAGAAGAUACAAGAUUGUUUGCUUUUAGACGAUGAAGAUGAAGUUUGAAUCGCCGUUUAGCUGGCAAUUUAAUUUGUUUGCUGCAGAUUAUUGAAUGUAUUUGACAGUAAAGUUGCAGCAAUUAAGAGUUGUUAUGAAAUAGAGUCGAUACGAUAUUAACAUCUGGCUGCAAUCGCUUGUUCGAUGAGGAGCAGAAUUUAGCUUAAGAACCGGCUUUUGCCAUGAAAAUGAUUUUGUUUACAUUGUCGAAAUUGUCAUUAUACUC